AUGACAGAAAAAAUGAGUACCCUAGCGCUGCCGUCGAGCAGCUUACCGCCACUCUUCACCCUCACCAAACAAACCGAGUCAGACAUUUUCAACGCUCUUCACUACCUGGCCACAAUCUACUGUCCCCUCUCAUUUCCAUUUUCUAUCGAACUUGACGAUACGAAACAUGUUCUUGCGGAACCUGUUGAUUCAGGUUAUACAUCCGGCAACGAAGACGAUGAACCUGCCCCUACACCAACGUCCAUCCGCGCAGAUCCUUACGAGAAGUCUUUUGUGGAGAGAUGGCUAACAGGCUUCCUCUCACGAGCGGAGGCUCUGGAGGUUUUUGAGUCAGAGGAGGGAAUGCAGCGGGCGCUGGAUCAGGCGGCGUAUAUCUUUGAGUCACUUUUCGCAACCGCUCUGGAUGAAGAUGAUCAGAAUUCACCCUUCCUUCGAGAAUUUACCUUCGACACUGCCGACGACAAAAUCUCUGUUUCGUUGAAUGAUGGACUCGCUGGAACAAAUGACUCAGAUUUCGAAGAUGUGGGCCUUCAAAGUUGGGGCGCCUCCAUUGUUUUCUCAGAAAUGCUAUGCGCGACACCAGAACGAUUUGGACUUACCGAUUUGUCGCCUACGGAACAUAAUCGCAUUAUUGAGCUUGGUGCUGGCACUGGGCUCGUCAGUCUUGUUCUCGGAAAGUUGAUUCCCACUUUGGGUGUCCAAGAUUCGAAAAUCAUCGCUACGGACUAUCACCCAGCAGUUCUCGAAAACUUGCAGUCAAACAUAAGCAUCAACUACACAGAUCCCUCACCCAUCGAAACGAAGUGUCUCGACUGGGCAGACUUUACACUCGAUGCACCCUUCGAUGUUCCGGCUAGUAUGCUUUUCGCAACAGAUGUUGUGUACGCACCUGAACACGCACGCUGGCUACGCGAUUGUGCGACAAGACUUCUUUCCGACGGGGGUGUUUUCUGGUUGUUAGUAACAAUCCGACCUAAUGGCAAGUUUGCGGGUAUUGGCGAUACUGUUGAAGCUGCUUUUGCGGAAAUGGAUAGACCGUUGGGUACGAAUGGGAAGAGGCUUGAUAUUUUGGAGAGGCAGAAGUUGGAUAAGAGGAGUGGUGUCGGACGGGGUGAUGAGAGUCAUUAUGAGCUUUUUAGAAUUGGGUGGGCUUAG